GCUCCGGCGGGGGCUGCGGGGGCUCCUCCGCCUCCUCCUCCGCCUCUGCCGCGGCGCCUCCGGCUGUCAAAGUCGCUUCUUUGGGGACGGAAAGGAGGAAGGGAGGACGAGAGGGAGGAAGGGAGACCCCGCCUUGUGCCCUUGCUCCCCUUUCCUCCUCCGUUUUUGCUGCAACAGACCCCAGGCAAGGAUGGAGCGGGAGGAGGAUCCGCUGGGCUCCAAGUGAGGCAGACUUUCAGGAGCUCCCCAUUCCUGCCUUUCUCUGGGCCUGGGUCUGAAUGCAUCGCGCCCCUUCCCGCACUCCAGGGACCCCUCCGGACGCGAGAAAAGCGCCGUCACGUGUGGAUGCCCGACACGCAUCCUUCGCGUGCACUUUGGAGCUUCGCCAAGGCGGGGAAGGGGCAGAGCGUGGCCUGGACAGAAGGCAGGCGGGGACCUUGCGACACUCCCCUCUUCCCGGCUCCCUUUGUGACCCCCGAAAGCGAGAGAGGAUGGAUCCCAGCGGCUUGCCUUCCAGCCGGGCUGACUUUCCCGAGCCGAGCCCUUCGGGACCCUUGGCCCCCUUCGGGCGAGACUGAAUCCCGAUGUGUUUUGGGGGGAGGCGCACAGUCCAAGGCGGGGGCUGCAUUCGCGUCCUCACCCAGAAGAAGAAGAAGAGGAAGAAGAGGAAGAAGAAGGAGAAGAAGGAGAGCUGACCGGGGGGGAGAAGGAGGAGGAGGAGGAGGCAGGCACUGGCAGGCCUCCUGGCCUUGAGGACUAGCGCCUUCGCGGGGCUGCGGGGAGCCUCCCAGCCAGGGCCCACCAUGGGCUGCGCGCCCAGCAUCCACAUCUCGGACAGCCGGGUGGUUUACCACAGCUCCAAGGAGGCGGCGGUGGCGGAGGACUCCAACUCCUCGCAGGCUUUGCCACAGCCCCAGCCCCCUCCGACGCCAGGCAACGCCGUCCCGGGAUUAUUCAUUAAAUCCUCCAGCUCCUCCGCCUACAAACUGCGGAGCAAGCCCUCCAAGAAGGGCGCGAAGCGGGGCAGGAUGGAGGCCGAGCCACGGGGGCCCGGAGCCGGAGGGAAGGCGGCAGGAACAGAUGUGCACUUUGGCCCUAUGAGACUCCACCAAGAUCCACUUCAGGUACUUUUAGUCUUUGCCAAAGAAGACAACCAGAGCAAUGGAUUCUGCUGGGCAUGCGAGAAAGCAGGAUUUCGGUGUAAUAUUGCAAAGACACCUGAAUCUGCUCUUGAGUGCUUUCUGGAGAAACACCAUGAAAUCAUCAUUAUUGAUCACCGACAUUCAAAAUACUUUGAUGCAGAAGCAUUAUGCAGGUCCAUUAGAACAACAAAGCCGUCCGAAAGCACUGUUAUUAUCGGUGUCGUGCGAAGACAUGCAGAUCGUGAAGAAUCCUCAAUAUUACCCUUCCUUUCUGCUGGCUUCACAAGAAGAUACGUAGAAAAUUCGAAUAUCAUGGCCUGUUACAAUGAACUCAUUCAGCUCGAAUUUGGAGAAGUGCAGACACAAUUUAAAUUAAGGGCUUGUAAUUCAAUAUUUACAGCACUGGAGAAAAGUCAAGAAGCCAUUGAGAUUACGAGUGAAGACCAUGUAAUACAGUAUGUAAACCCUGCGUUUGAAGCAAUGAUGGGCUAUCAAAAAGGAGAAUUAAUAGGAAAGGAACUAACAGAAGUGCCUACAAAUGAAAAAAAAGCUGAUUUCCUUGACACUAUUAAUUCUUGCAUCAAGAUUGAAAAGGAAUGGCAAGGAACUUAUUACACCAAAAAGAAAAAUGGAGAGAGCAUACAACAAAAUGUGAAGAUCAUACCUGUCUUUGGACAGGGAGGAAAAAUUAGACACUAUGUGUCUCUUAGUAGACCAUGCAAUGACGUCAACAAGGCUGACACAGCUCAAGCAGAGUCCCAGACAGAUAACCAGAGUUGCAAGCAUAAAGACAGGAGGAAAGGGUCUUUAGAUGUCCGCUCGACCACUUCUCGGGGCAGCGAUGGCAGUUCACAAAGAAGGCAUUCAUCGAUGGCCAGAAUACAUUCCAUGACAAUUGAAGCACCUAUUACGAAGGUAAUCAAUAUUAUCAAUGCUGCCCAAGAAAGUAGUCCCAUGCCAGUCGCUGAAGCUUUGGAUAGAGUCCUUGAGAUCCUGAGGACCACCGAGUUGUAUUCUCCUCAACUUGGGACAAAAGAUGAAGACCCACAUACGAACGACCUUGUUGGAGGUUUGAUGACGGAAUAUAUACCUGAAACCAUAGCGAAUCCUAUUGAAACGAAGGACUUCAAGUUCAAGAAUAUCAUACAUUCUGUAGACACAGUAUGGUCCAUUAGAACAACAAAGCCGUCCGAAAGCACUGUUAUUAUCGGUGUCGUGCGAAGACAUGCAGAUCGUGAAGAAUCCUCAAUAUUACCCUUCCUUUCUGCUGGCUUCACAAGAAGAUACGUAGAAAAUUCGAAUAUCAUGGCCUGUUACAAUGAACUCAUUCAGCUCGAAUUUGGAGAAGUGCAGACACAAUUUAAAUUAAGGGCUUGUAAUUCAAUAUUUACAGCACUGGAGAAAAGUCAAGAAGCCAUUGAGAUUACGAGUGAAGACCAUGUAAUACAGUAUGUAAACCCUGCGUUUGAAGCAAUGAUGGGCUAUCAAAAAGGAGAAUUAAUAGGAAAGGAACUAACAGAAGUGCCUACAAAUGAAAAAAAAGCUGAUUUCCUUGACACUAUUAAUUCUUGCAUCAAGAUUGAAAAGGAAUGGCAAGGAACUUAUUACACCAAAAAGAAAAAUGGAGAGAGCAUACAACAAAAUGUGAAGAUCAUACCUGUCUUUGGACAGGGAGGAAAAAUUAGACACUAUGUGUCUCUUAGUAGACCAUGCAAUGACGUCAACAAGGCUGACACAGCUCAAGCAGAGUCCCAGACAGAUAACCAGAGUUGCAAGCAUAAAGACAGGAGGAAAGGGUCUUUAGAUGUCCGCUCGACCACUUCUCGGGGCAGCGAUGGCAGUUCACAAAGAAGGCAUUCAUCGAUGGCCAGAAUACAUUCCAUGACAAUUGAAGCACCUAUUACGAAGGUAAUCAAUAUUAUCAAUGCUGCCCAAGAAAGUAGUCCCAUGCCAGUCGCUGAAGCUUUGGAUCGAGUCCUUGAAAUCCUGAGGACCACCGAGUUGUAUUCUCCUCAACUUGGGACAAAAGAUGAAGACCCACAUACGAACGACCUUGUUGGAGGUUUGAUGACGGAUGGCUUGCGAAGAUUAUCAGGGAAUGAAUAUAUAUUAGCAGCAAAACGUAAGUGUAAGGUGUCUUUCUCAGUAUUGCGGCCUUUAGUUUACCUCGGUCUCAAAAUGUUUGCCCGUUUCCAGCUCUGCGAAUUCCUUAAUUGCUCAGAGUCGACUCUGCGGGCCUGGCUCCAAGUCAUCGAAGCCAACUAUCACUCGUCCAACGCCUAUCAUAACUCGACCCACUCGGCUGAUGUCCUCCAUGCCACUGCCUAUUUCCUUUCUAAAGAAAGGGUAAAACAAACUCUGGAUCCGAUUGAUGAAGUCGCCGCAUUGAUUGCUGCCACUGUUCAUGACGUGGAUCAUCCAGGGCGGACAAACUCCUUCCUGUGCAACGCGGGCAGUGAACUUGCCAUUUUAUAUAAUGACACUGCGGUCUUGGAAAGUCACCACGCGGCUUUGGCCUUCCAGAUCACGAUACGAGACGAUAAGUGCAAUAUUUUCAAAAACAUGGAGCGAAACGAAUAUCGAACUCUCCGCCAAGCCAUCAUUGACAUGGUCCUGGCCACAGAAAUGACAAAGCACUUUGAACACGUCAACAAGUUUGUCAACAGCAUCAACAAACCACUGGCCGCCCUUGAAGAGAAUGGGGGUGCAAAUGGAGACAGUGAUUCCAUCAAAAAUGUACUCACAUCGCCUGAAAACAGAAUCCUGAUCAAGCGGAUGCUCAUUAAGUGCGCGGACGUCUCCAAUCCCUGUCGGCCUCUGGAACAAUGCGUAGAGUGGGCAGGACGCAUCUCUGAGGAGUAUUUUGCACAGACAGAUGAAGAAAAAAGACAAGGCUUGCCAGUUGUGAUGCCAGUUUUUGACAGAAAUUCUUGCAGUAUCCCCAAGUCACAAAUAUCAUUUAUUGAUUAUUUCAUCACAGACAUGUUCGAUGCUUGGGAUGCAUUUGCCGACCUGCCAAAUCUAAUGCAACACAUGGACAACAACUUCAAAUAUUGGAAAGGGCUGGAUGAUCAGAAACUACGGACACUCCGGCCACCGACCGAAUAGCGAUUUGGCCUCUUGUUUUCGUGGUUGUCUCAUCUGGAAACGCAUUCCUCCAAACUCUGAAUUGUGCGUUUUCAGAUUCCUUUUGGUCUUUUCAGUAUUACUGUCAUGCCUUCCUGCGCACAGUCUUGGGAAGUCUUGGACAUUCAGGGCGGCAACGACGGACGUGCCACGUGGAGGGCUCGUGAUUUUAUCAAGCUGAAUUCACACUGGAUUGCUGCAUUGCCGAUACUGAAGAAGGUUGAAGGCUGAACCGUAUUGAAAUGACGCGUUGAGUUUUGGCACGGUCUUCGUUCCAGGGCUGAAGAUAUCCUCCGCUUGCAAGAUUUUAGCACACUGAUCAUCCAAUCUGCCAGCGGAGGUGCAAAUCCCUACCAGCGGUGAUGACCCAUGAAGAUUAUGAGGAUGCUUUUGAAUAAGGACUUACAAAACAGUUACAUUGAACAAUUCAGUCUUUGACUUGCCAACCUUUUAUGAAGGAAGACCUUUUUUUCUUAAUCUUCUGAAAAACGGACGUAUUUUUUCACAUCGCAGAAGGUGCAAUCAUUCACUUUUGAGCACUACUGAGAGCAAGUUCUCUUUAAAAUAAAUUUAGUAGCAAAUGGAAAAAACAAAACAAAACCAACCUGAAGAUUUUUUUUUUUGAAGCUGAUUGUUAGGCAUCUCUUGAUUCAAACUAUGUUUUAUUUAUUUUAUUAGGUGUUCAAUAUUUUCUAUGGAUUUAUAAAGACUUUCAAAGCCAAAGCCAACUUUAGAUGCAUUGCAGAUUUACAUGAUUCAUACUCGUUAUGCAUUUUAUUUUCAUAAUGCAAAAUGCCGUACAAUGAGGACACAUUUUUAUUGCACUGUAAAGAUAGAUGUGUUAUGUCGAAAUAUUGUUCAAUUUUAUGUUAAUUAAAAUAAGUUUUUAUCAAA